UAUUUGAUCAUGGAUAAUAAAAGUUGAAGGAUGUGCGGUGGAACUCGGCAAGCCCAGACAAAAUUGUGGAUGUCUGCUUGUGAUAAGGGAGCAGUACAUGUUUGAUAAAAUGCAAGGCCAAGCUGAACAACCCUCCUGUAAAGUGAUGAGCAACAGCCUGGAUUUGGCUAAUAUCCUGAACAAAGCAUUGGAAACAACAGAAAAAACUGUAAGUUCCUGCUUAGUUGAGCAGAACGAUGAAGCCCCUUCAAGAACCACUGAUUUUCAGGGGGAGAACAGACGAGCAGCUAAAGUAACUGCAUUGCAACACUUGAUCUCCACAGAGUGGUUAAAAGCAUGGAACCAGGAAUUGAACAACAACGAAGGUGGUGGUGUUUAUGAGGGACUAAAUGGGGUGGUGGUUGGCAGCUGUGGAAAUGUAAAUGCUUUAAUUAGGAGAGAAAACAGUGUGAAGGGGGAGCGAAUGGGCCAGCCACCACCCAGUCUGAACUGCAGAAGCCGUGCUGGUAGUACAUUUGGCUCUACAUCAAUCAAUUAUUGUGAUCAGAUUGCAUCUGAAACCGGACUGGAAAAUGCUGAUGUGGUAGCCAGAAGGAAUGAGUUUCUUGAUGACUGUAAUAAUAACUGGUCCUGUGGGACCUUUAGUUUUGCUGCCUCCGAAGGAAAAGUUCCAGAGGUUUUUACAAACUUGCUGGUAGUGAGGAAGGACACUAAAGCAGGUGACCGAGAGACUCUUUGCAAAAUGAAACCAGCAGAUCCUGACCUAGCUUUACUGAGGUUGAAGAGGACUGUGCGACGAAAACGUGAUGAAGCCUUAAUAACCCACCGUGAUCCGCAGACCAAAGCGAGACCAGAGCCGGAUGGCCGUUUUGGACAGCAAGACAAGCUUUACACGUGGGCAGCUGUCAGCCAACCAACCCAGUCACGAGAUCACGUGGAAGGUCGCAUCCCUGGGAGAAUUCAGGCUGUAUGGCCACCUGCCAAGCCCUGGAUAGAAGGAAACCUGCAUUCUGUAGAAUCAGUGGAAGAUGACAGCAAUUAG